CGAACUACUCAAAAUUUCCGCUACCGUUUCUCCAGAACCUGCUGGAUUUCACCCCUGUAUUCAGCAUAGCAAAAGCUAAACAAACUUAUUUUAAUUUAAUUUAAAGAGCUGAGGUGGCGCAGUGGUUAAAGUGCAGUACUGCAGGCUACUUCAGCAGACUGCUAGCUGCAGUUCAACAGUUCAAAUCUCACCAGGCUCAAGGUUGACUCAGCCUUCCAUCCUUCCAAGGUGGGUAAAAUGAGAACCCAGAUUGUUGGGGGCAAUAUGCUGACUCUGUAAACCACUUAGAGAGGGCUGUAAAAGCACUAUGAAGCGGUAUAUAAGUCUAAGUGCUAUUGCUAUUGCUACUUCCAUCUAGUUUUAAAAGACGGAAAUGUAAAGCUGUCCAAAAUCAAUAGUUCCUUUAUCAGCGACAAGCAGGGUGGGCUCUGGAAGGCAUCAAAAUAGGGGGCUUUGUGUCAAAUAAGAGAGCUGGGAAAAGGGAUAGCUUUGGCUCUGGUGCAAUGGAUAGACUUAAUGACUCGUCAGUGCUAAACUGAAUAAUGUAUAAUAGGGAAGAAUCCGGAACUGUACAUUACCUCACUGUACUGUGUCAAGUUUUCUCCAAUCCACUGACAGUGCAGCUAUAAACAAAAGUAGCGCUGACUGAAGGGAGGAGGCAACAACACUUAGUCAUAUCAUGACCAUUCUAGCCUACUCAGCUACCUUCAUAAAGAGAACCUAACUGUUACCAUAUAUUAGGCAGCGUAGCAGAUUAGCCAGAUUCCUCCACUCCUUUGCUUGCGCGUUUCCACAGCAGCUAACCGUGUAAGAGUCACUGCUGCGCUCCUCUCCCGAUGUUUGUGCGCAAUUCUGCUCAACAGAACCCACCACCGGGAGCUUCUAAUUCAUAAUUUCUCAACCUCGGCCACUUUCAGCGGUGAGGAUUUCAUGCUGGCUGGGGAAUUUUGGAAGUGGAAGUCCAACACCGCUUAAAGUUGCGGAGAUUGAAAAGCACUUCUCUCAUUUACUGGAAGCAAACGUGCGUGCCGUUUUCAAUUUACUGAAAACAAUCUACAGAAGUUCCCACUGGAGUUCUUUCUGCUACUGUAAGUUUGCAGUGAGACAAGAAGGGAUGUGAUGACCAUCGGGUUGGCUCUUGGCCAGUAACGCUGAGAUGCUCCCCAAGCUCCCGCCUCAAUGCUGCACCAGCUCGAACAGCAUCGGAAUCCGAAACCGAUACAGUCAUGUGGGGAUUUCGGGGGCGCAUCUCGAGAUUCCGAAUUUAAAAGCCACGGAAUAAUCCAAGAGGCCCGACCGAUGAAUGGAAGAAUCUCUCCACUUUGGCCCGAUUCAGGAUAGUUCGUGGAUUAUUAUUAUUUUUUCCUUCCGCCCCUGCCUGCGUCCGUUUUUUGUUUUUUUGGGUUUUUUUUUUCUCCUUCUCAUUUGUUUAGCAAGCUUCCCGCUGGAACCAGUUCAGCAGCUUCUGGUGACGCGCGUCCCACUGCCGGUUACCUGAGCUGGCCACGUGAGCACCACAUCAUCGGGGAUUUUGAUAUUGAAAGUCACCGAAAGAAGGAACCAGGAAAAGAGCCUGGUCCAAGACGGAGGAGAGAGGGACCUCUGCUCUGGGGCUGAGCUCGCGUGGGCCAGCAAGCCGCGAGAGCCUCCCGGGCCACUCUCCGUGGGUCGCCCCCACCCGUCCCCGCUCCCUCCAGCGCGCCUCGAAGGCCCCAGGCUCCUGAGCUGAGCCGCCCGGGUCACUCAGGGACACGGGUCUUCCACGGGCUCCGGCCAGGGCAGCAGCGGUGGCGGGCUGGCGCUCGGAAGGAGUGCGCGGCGCUGGCGGGGGAAGAUGCUGCAGUCGCUAGCGGGCAGUUCGUGCGUGGAGAGGCACCGCUCCGCCUGGUGCUUCGGUUUGCUGGUGCUGGGCUACCUGCUCUACCUGGUCUUCGGCGCCGUGGUCUUCUCGUCGGUCGAGCUGCCCUACGAAGACCUCCUGCGCCAGGAGCUGCGCAAACUGAAGCGGCGCUUCGUGGAGGAGCACGAGUGCCUCUCGGAGGAGCAGCUCGAGAGCUUCUUGGCGCGCGUCCUGCAGGCCAGCAACUACGGCGUCUCGGUGCUGAGCAACGCUUCGGGCAGCUGGAAUUGGGACUUCACCUCGGCGCUUUUCUUCGCCAGCACGGUACUCUCCACCACAGGUUAUGGUCACACUGUGCCUUUGUCAGAUGGAGGAAAGGCCUUUUGCAUCAUCUAUUCAGUUAUUGGGAUCCCCUUCACCCUGCUCUUCCUGACAGCAGUGGUCCAGCGUGUCAUAGUUUAUGUCACCAGGCGGCCUGUACUGUAUUUCCACAUCCACUGGGGCUUUUCGAAGCAAAUUGUGGCCAUCAUCCACGCAGUGAUUUUGGGCUUUGUGACCGUCUCAUGCUUUUUCUUUAUCCCAGCAAUAAUAUUUUCUGUCCUGGAAGAUGAUUGGAACUUUCUGGAAUCAUUUUAUUUUUGCUUCAUUUCUCUCAGCACCAUCGGCCUUGGCGACUAUGUUCCAGGAGAAGGUUAUAACCAAAAAUUCAGAGAGCUAUAUAAAAUAGGAAUUACAUGUUACCUGUUGCUGGGCCUCAUCGCAAUGCUGGUUGUUCUAGAAACUUUCUGUGAACUUCAUGAACUCAAAAAAUUUAGGAAAAUAUUCUACGUGAAGAAAAACAAGGAAGAAGACCAAGUGCACAUUACAGAACAUGACCAACUGUCCUUCUCUUCAAUUUCAGACCAGGCAGCAUCCAUGAAGGAAGACCAGAAAGUAGAUGAGCCUUUUGUGACUCCUCAACCUGCAGUUAACUCUGAUGACUUUAUAAACAAUUAACCAAGGGCUUCCAUUCCAGUAUCAAUAACAGUGCACUUAACAUUCUUGCAGUUAGAACUAGUACUAUUAAUGUAACUAUAGAAGCAGGAAUGCUAUACUAUACUAUUCAUAUAUUCAUAGUGCUUUGGGAUCUUUUACAAUUUAUGGGCCAAACAGAGGCAUUUUUGUUGCUGGCUCUACAUACUGGGAAUGUUGACUGAAACUAGUGUGCAGUUGAGAACCUCAGGAUUCAUGAUAUGUACACAAUAUAUAAGAUAAGACUAUCCCUGUUCAGUCUCUUCUCCUUUUCCACUCUAAAAUCAACAAAAUACUUAGCUUUUUCCUGAAGAUCAGACCUUCUUAGGACAAUUUCAUGUGUGGCAACAAAUCUUUGGAAAGCACUGAGCUGGUAAAUCUUCAUGCUUUCCACAUAAGGGAAUAUGGUAGCCACAGCAGCCCUUAGAAAAUAGGAAUAAUCUUCCAGACGGCAGUCACUGAGGUAUGUAGCAAUGCAAUUAUCACUACAGAACCAAAAAGUGAGAACCAAGUGUAUUCUAUCUGUUAUGCGUUGUCUCAGUCACUCUAAGCUCUGAAAAUAUUUAGGUUUGUCUCAUAUGAAUAAGGCAGACAAACCGCCAUUCUGAAACAUCUCUCCUCAGUCUAAUGUCCUACACUGACCGAUCACUUCUAUCUUGUACAGCCUGGAGAGGGGAGUUUGGACAAAGGUGCUUUAUGUGCGGCAGAAAGUUGUUUAGAGUUACAUUUGCUGCACACUAAGCCUACAUCAAGUAAUUUUACCCUAAAAUAUAUUCUUUCUGGCUGGGGAAUUCUGGGAGUUGAAGUCCUCCAGGCUUAAAGUUGCCAAGGUUGGAGACCCCUAUGAAGAAGACUUUACCAAGCCUGAAUGUGAUCUCUGGGUGUUUUCCUUCUAGCCUUAAAUAUAACAAAAGGGUGUUAUGCAUCGGAUUUGAGUGGGUUGUAGGACCCAUGAACACCAGCAUACAGAACUGAAGGCAUAUUACAGUAGAAAGCCAUCUUCCUUAGCAUUUUCAUCUUCACUUCGGGCUCCAGUUUUAGCAGACUGGCUGUGAUUUUCAAACUAUCAUAACCAAGCAAUUUUAGAGCUAAGAUCUUAUUUAUUCAGUGAAAUAAUAAUUAAGCUGAAUAUUGAAGUAAUGAUGAACAGAGAAAAAAAUACUUGAAAGCUCUUAUCACCUAAAAGCACUGUACAUGAAUUUAAUGUUUAUUAAUAGAUUUUGUAUCUUUACUAGGGAAUUUGACUUUCUUGAUAAAUCUGCUUCAAGAUGUAUGUGAACUGAAAUUUAUUUUUAAGAAACCACAACUCAGAGAUGCUUCUUUAAUUUGAUUUGAAGCUUAGUGUAGUGCAUGCUCAUCAAAGCCGAUAUUUUUGUACCAUCUAUGUUAGUUUCGGUUGUACAGUUCAACUAUUAUUUAUGUACAUAAAUAUAUUUAUAUAUUGUGCAUAUCAUGUAGAUAGCUAGAAAUGAAGUUUCAGAUUUGAAAUUUUAAAGGUUCUUUUCCUCAUAGAUUUUUUUUAAUGAAUCAUUCAAACUAUGGCACUGAAAAUAAUGACUUAAAUUCUGACCAAAUGAAUGUGGAAGGGUAAGUCAUUAUGCCUGCAAUGUUAACAUUCCUGUUUUGUUUUGUUUUGUUUUAAUAUGACAGCCUAUUCUUACUGGUGUCAGUAUUUCCAAGUAGCUUGAAUGCUGCAGCAUCUUUCACACUGUACUGUAACUACAGAAUUCCAGAUUUUAUUGACAGUCGUUGCCUGGAAACAGGUGAAGUUGCAUAAUUGCACAAGAUUGUUUCGUUUUAUUUUUUUAAAAGUCAGAGAACAUAAUAAAACUUACUUAGAAGAGGAAUACUGUAGGAAAAAAUUGUAGAGAUAAGGAAUUAUUAUUCUAACAAUUAGUAUUUCAGACUUUUAAAAUAAAUCAUGUAUGGUUCCAAUUCUCUCUCUCUCUCUCUUUUUGACAUUCUAAUAUUUAACUAUAAUUUUACUUGUCACAUGAGACAGGAUAUAUUAUAUAUUACCACUACUGUUGCCACUACCGCUAGCUUCUUCAGGGCACAUCUGAAACUGGACUUAGAACACAUAGAACCUCCUAAGCUGCAUGAGCCUCCUCGGAAAGUGUUAGCCAGACGGCCCCUCUCAAGGCCAUUCCAACUCUUCACCCACGUAGCAUCAGACAAGGGGUACCCCUUCCAGUGGACCAAAUAUUGUAAACAACCCUUGUAUAGCCUAGAGUCAAGGAUUUUCUUAAUUUCAUAAUGAGUCUCUCCUUGGACUAUCAAAGGAGUGGGGGAGUAGCUGGUAAGGGCCUUCCCUUCUCGCUAAAUGCUUCUGCCAGGCCUGUAUAUGUUUUAGGAAUGGACUUCAUGGUGUUUUCCUCAGUAAAUCAAAACUUCAAACCCAACCCUUAAUUCCUCUGCCGAUCACAUUCUCCAAUCGCCAACCGUCCCAUCUCGAUACAUCACUCCGACCACUCCUUCAGCUGCAGGAUCGGCCUGACCUUGACCGGCAGGAAGAAUGUUAUUGUGUCUAAUGGGCCCCUCUACUAACUCCCCCCCUCCUACUUUCCACACAUGUGAAAGUGGCAGCGGGGAAGCUUCCGGCCUAGUAUGACUUCCAAAGCUGAUAGGCGUCCACCCCUGCAGAAGAAAACACACCCUGAAAAGAAGACCAACAAAAUACAGACAGUAGGGUUAACACCCAGUACACCCUCUCCUAACCCCCUCUCCCCCCUCCAGGAGGACCCUUAGGCUUGUCAGGGAAUUUAUCAUGAAAUUGUUUUUCUAACGUAUCAGCAUUCACAUUCCAACUCUUCACCCACGUAGCGUCAGACAAUGGGUACCCCUUCCAGCAGCCGCUGGAUCAGACAGACCUCCAGGUCAACCCCAGAUUCUUUUUU